AUGGAUGAUAAAGAGAUAAUAUUGUGGGUGGGUCAUUGGAGGAGAGCAGUCAGGGACAGAUAUACUUGGGAGGCGGAUGUUAGGAGAGGCCAGGGCUGUAGCGCCAUGGAAGAGAGAGUAGAAGGGCAGUAUGGUACUGAACGAGAAAAAUUUAUUUACACAAGUAUUCAUGUAAAUGAGGUGCGUUUCUUUGAAACAUCAAACAUUAAAUGCAAUUGCCAGACAAAAGUAAACAAGGGAGAAGCCAGAAUUGAAAAAAGUGGUAUUUGCACAGCAGUCGCGCUGAGAUAUUAUUUUAUUUACGAAAAUGUAGGCGGAGGAGAACCUGAACUUCGUUUUGUGCAACAUCCCUUAAUCGAACUAGAAGUUGAUAUUCCAAAAGAGGACAAAGAGGAAGAACUAACUCCAGAAACCGUGGACUAUGAAGACGAUGUAGAAUAUUUGAGAAGUUUAGACCCUAAAGAAUGGAAGUCACAAGAUCAUUACAAAGUCCUAGGUAUUCCAAAUAUAAGAUACAAAGCAACAGAUGACAUUAUCAAAACUGCCUACAGGAAGAAAGUCUUAAAGCAACAUCCUGACAAACGUAAAGCGCUAGGGGAAGAAAUCAAAACAGAUGAUGAUUAUUUUAACUGUAUAACAAUGGUUUAUGAAACUCUAGGAAAUAUAAGUAAGAGAAGAGCGUACGAUUCUGUUGAUCCACAAUUCGACAAUGAUCUACCUUGUACUAGUGAUAAAAAAAAAGACUUUUAUAAAACGUUUACGUAUUAUUUUGACUUAAACUCCCGAUGGUCUGAAAAAACACGGGUGCCCAAAUUAGGGACUGAAAAUUCGACAAAGGAAGAGGUGGAACACUUUUAUUCGUUUUGGUAUGAUUUUAAAUCAUGGAGGGAAUAUUCCUAUGAAGAUGAAGAGGAUAAAGAUAAAUGUCAAGAUCGUGAUGAGAGAAGGUAUGUGGAUAAGUUAAACAAAGCUGAGAGAUUAAGAAAGAAAAAAGAAGAAAUAAAAUUGAUAUGUGGAGAAGAAAAGGAGAAGGAACGUAGCAUAGUAACAUUAGUUACUGAUUCCAUGUCUAGUAAUAGUAAUAUAUCCACAUGUAUUUCCCAUAAUAAUUCUAGCGAGGGUGAAAUAAGUGAAAGGGAAGAUGAAAUCAGUGAAAAUAGUACAAAUAUAAGCAACGUACAAAAAGAGAAAAGAAAAAGACUCAAUUCCUUAGGAAGCGGCUCAGACAAAGGAGAAAUUAAACGUGCCAAAGAAAUGGACACAUACCACAAAGAACUAGUUCGAUCAUUGGACACAUUAACUGAACAGAUGAAAAAAAUGGAGGCGGAAAAUAAGCGCCUAAUGAAUCAAAUCCAUCAAAUGCAAGAAGAAAACAAGUUCCAAAUGGUCAAACUAGAAGAGAAAAUAACCGGCAAAGAUCAAGAAAUACAGAAACUAACUCAAAAGCUACUUGAGAUGAUAGACAAACAUGCGGAAAAGGAAAAGCUGAUUUUAAAAUCGAACGAAAAACCAACGCAAGCUGAAAAACAAACGCAGAAGAAAACGACGGUAGAAGAACCAACAAAUAUGCAUGAAAAGGAAAGACGUAGAACUUCUGCUAAUAGUCCAAAUAAAGAAAACUUAAUUGAAAUGGAAAACAACAAUGCUGAAUGGACAACCCAGCAGCACCAGAAGAAAAAACAAAACAAAAAAACCAAAAUAACAGAAAAAAACGUCACAGAAGAAGAACCGAAAAAUAUUAGCGCUGCUGAAAAGCAGACAUUAAUAAUACAAAAGAGAAAUGAAGAAUAUAGAGUUGAUAGAUGUGAAGAAGGAGAGUAUUUACAAAUUCUGUGA